AUGUCGACUCCCGUCAAUCAUCCUCACCCUCACCCUCACCCUCACCCACACCCGCACCCGCACCCGCGCAGCCACAUCUCUGCCCAAGACGUCCGCAAUGCCUCUUCCGUCGACGACAUCCGCGCCACUCUGCACGAGUUGUCGCAACGCGAAGCCGCCGUGACCGCCCGUCUCGACACGUUGCUUGCGUCCCAGCAACACCUCUCGCGCCAGCUCAAUCGACUGCACCUCGCACGCGCCCAGCUCGCACCUCACGUCGUGGCAACGCGUAACAUCAGCAAUGCCAUGCUAUCCGAUGCUGCCUCCACUGCGCAUCGAAUAUCUGGCGCCGUGAAGAAGCUUGACCAGGAACAGGCCGCUGUGAAGGCCACGCUCCACGUCGUCGAGCAGGUUGCUGACCUGAAAGCAUGUGUGCUUGGCGUCGAUGGAUCAAUGGGCGCCUCGCAGCAUUGGGAGACCGCGGCCAACUACCUUCACCGCGCUUCCCAAAUUCCAGACGCCAUCAUCGAUGGAGCAUUUGCCGAAGAAAUCGUCCCCACGGCAGAAGUGCCCGAUCCUCCCAGGAAGACUCUGCAUACCGCUGCGGAAAGUCUAUGUGGCUUGUUCCUGCGAGAAUUUGACAAGGCCGCGAGCGAGGGCGAUGGAGCACGCGUGACUCGUUUCUUCAAACUCUUUCCUUUGAUCGGAAGAAGUCACGUCGGUUUGGACGCAUAUGGCCGCUAUGUGUGCAGUGGCAUUGCAUCCCGCGCCCGCAGCAACAUGAGCUCUACCCGGCGACGAGAUGGCAUCUUCUACGCCACAGCCCUGACCAAGCUGUUUGAACACAUCGCUCAGAUCGUCGACGGACACGAACCGCUCGUGGAACGCCACUAUGGUCAGGGCAGCAUGACCAAAGUCAUCGAGCGCAUCCAGGUCGAAGCUGACUCCCAAGGAGCACUCAUCCUGGACACAUGGGCCGAAGAAAGGCAACUGACCAGAAGGCUGACUGAUGUAAAGAGUUACCCCUUCAAUUUCCUCGUGUCCAGUGCUUUGGCCUCACAGAAAUCUGCCUUGCGACUCCGAAGCAGCUCGCCUGCACCCGCUUCAGGCCGACCGAGCGAGGAUGAGAGUGUAGACACGAAAGACGUCGAUGCCUUGCUCAAUGAGUCUGCCAUCAUGCUGGGACGCUGGUCUCUGUACACUCGAUUUCUGGCCACCAAGACGGCAAAAUCUUCCGACGAUACUCCUGAUUCCAAGCUCCACGUUCCCGCUUUCAUCGUACACAGUACAUUGCAACGAAAAGUCACCGAUCUCCUCAUCGACCCAUUCAACCAGAUGGCCACAUUCUUCUUCCGCCAUUCUGUGGAAAAGGCUUUCCAGAUAGACGAGCCACCGCAGGACUUGACCCUCAAUCCCAACAAACAGCUUGGCGCAGCACCUCCCUUCAUUACCUCCGCUGUGGACGACGUAAUGUAUAUCGUCAACCAAGUUCUGCAGCGCUCUCUUGCCACUUCACAAAAAGCAGUGGCUUCGAGCGUCAUACCUUCCGUCGGCAGGGUUCUUGGCUCCGACUUCUUCACAAUGGAGCAACGCAAGAUGAGAGACGAAAGCUAUCCUAAACCCGCAGUCAAGGGAGCUUUACCGCCUGAGCAGCUCAUCAUUUCUUUCCUCGUGCUGAUCAACAAUCUUGACGUGGCCACCGAUUAUGUGAAGCGCAUUGUGAGCAGUUGUCUUGGCAAAGCUGCAAGUCAGCCACAGGCACAGCAAAACGGCCACGCACCCGCUUUGACUGAUAAAUUUCCCUUUGGCAACGAAGCGAUGGCAGUCGAGAAGAAUCUACGCAGCAUGGAGACAGGAUUCGAAGCAAAGACUGCAGAGCUGAUCAACGAAGCAGUCGAGGUAAUGCUCAAGAUGGUCAUGCGGCCACGGCUCCGUCAAGUCCUAAUGGAGACCUUCCGUGAAGUUGACUAUGCAGUUGACACUGAUGAAGCUGGCCAAGCUCCUGAAAGCGGAACCUCCGAUGACCUUGUCCCACAGCGCUUCGAGCGCGGCUGGCAGGCUUUCACGCUUCCCAUUAAGCGUAUUGCCACCCCACACGUCUUCGACAAGCUGAUCACAGGCACAACCAAGCAGCUCGCACGACUCCUGGAGAAUCGUAUUUGGAGCUACCAAGGUAGAGUGAACGAACUCGGGGCCGUUCGCCUCGAGAGAGACAUUGCAAACAUCGUCGCCGCUGCUGUUAAAGGUGGCAAAUACGAGCUCAGAGACGCCUUUGCCAGGGGCACCCAAAUGACCUUGAUCAUCAACAUGGAAGACGAUGAGUGGGAAGAAAUUGCGAGGCUAAGUGGCGAACAAUUAGAACGCGAAAGUGGUGUUCAGUGGCAGCUCGAUGGCGAAGAAAGGAAGAGAGCUCGAGCAUUUAUUCCUGGCUGA